UUGGUUCCUGGAAGUGCAGCGUUCUCUGACUCCUGUUUCAAAAAAUACCUCCACAGUUCCUUUAGUUGUAAAUUUGUCUCAUUUCACACAGGGAAUGACUUGUGCAAAUAGUGAAAUUUUGCAAUGCCCAAACAAGACAAGAAAGGUUAAGGGAACAGACAAAACACUCUCAAAGUUAAAAGGAACUGUUGACAGGGAAUUAUGUGGUCUCAAAAAGCUUCUGUCCCUGCUCAGUGUUCCGAGUCACAGUCCUCCGGUGACAAGAGGGAACCAUUCCAAGGUUCAACACACCCAUCAGCAGAACAUUAAUAGCUGGAACAAGAAUGGUAGGCAGCUAGCCAAUGAGGCCUUGGAACUGGAGAGCUUCAGCGUAACGUACAGGAAUCACAGAGACUUCAGCGGUCACCCCCUGGGCAAAUUCUUCCUGAACAUUUUCACCUGUUUGGUUAAGAACAGGCUUGUUUGCAGUCGGUGGUUCCAUGAAGCCCCUCCUGACAACAUCUUAGGAGCGCUGAUUUGUCUCCGACUGUUGAUAAGGGAUCCGCAUCACCAGAGAGUUUUCCAUGAACUCCAGGGAAUUGACAGACUUGCAAUGCACAUGGAGCUUGUUUGCAAUGAGUAUCUGGAGGGCGAGGAACAAGCAUUCGCUGUGGAAAAGCUGGUCAAUAUGACCUAUGUGUUCCAGAAACUUUCAGCGACUGAAGAGCAAAGGCCGUGGGUUGUUGAGUGUGGUGCUCACAAGACCCUGGUGAAGCUCCUUGCAACACGGGACAGCAGUGUGUUACUGGGAGCUCUCCUGGCCCUCACCAGCCUGGCCGAGAGCCCCGAUUGUAAGGAGAAGAUAGGAGAGCUUGCGGUUGUGGGGAAUCUUCUAGUAGUGCUGCAGGAAUAUGACUUGCUGUCAAAACAGGUCUGUGCGGAGCUGCUCAGGCUGUUGUGCCCAAGCCGGCAGGUGCGGGAGCAGAUGAGGGCGUUGGACGGGGUGCCCGUGCUCCUCAGCCUCCUCCACUCAGACCACCUCCAGCUGCUGUGGAGUGCCACCUGGGUCCUGGUGCAGCUGUGUGAGGACCCUGAAGCCGCAGCAGAGAUCCGGCUCUGGGGUGGUCCUCAGCAGCUUCUGCGCAUCCUGCGCAGCGAGCGGGCGUUCAUUUCUGCUCGCACCUCGGUGGAGACACUGUCCAGUGCGAACGCUGCAGGCCGUGUCCACAAACAGCACCUUGCCGAGGAGCUCAGUCCACAGGAAACGCUGGAGAACACACUGUCUCUACAGGCAGCAUGCUGUGCGGCUCUAACGGAGCUCAUCCUGGAUGACGCCACGGCUCAUCAGGUUGUUCAGGAGAAUGGGGUGCAUAUCAUCGGAAAGUUGAUUUUGCCGCAUGAUGCACAGCCUGGACCAAAGGCAAAGUCACUCCAGUGUUAUGCCUUUAGGACAUUACGUUUCCUCUUCAGCAUGGAGAGAAAUCGACCUCUUUUUAAAAGGCUGUUUUCAGCAGAUAUGUUUGCAGCGUUUAUCGACAUCGGGCACUAUGUCCGCGACAUCGCUGCCUACGAGGCCCUCCAAGAAAAGGUGUCUGCUCUUUCUGAAGAGGAACUGAGCAGCCUGAGGGAGAACAUUGCGCGUAUGAGCCUGGACCGUUCUCCCCUGAAGGUGGUCAAUGGCUACGCCAUUCUGGACCACCUGGGUAGCGGAGCCUUCGGCAGCGUGUUCAAGGUCCGGAAGCAGGCCGGGCAGAACCUUGUCGCUUUGAAAGAAGUGAACCUUCACAACCCAGCCUUCGGGAAAGACAAGAAAGACCGGGAGGUCAACGUCGAGAAGAUUGUGUCCGAACUGAGCAUCAUCAAGGAGCAGAUAAACCAUCCAAAUAUCGUUCGAUACUACAAGACCUUUUUGGAAAAUGACAGGCUAUACAUUGUCAUGGAGCUCAUUGAAGGGGUGCCUAUGGCUGAGCAUUUCCACUCUCUGAAGGAGAAGCAACAGCAGUUCACUGAAGAAAGAGUCUGGAACAUCUUCAUUCAGCUGUGUCUAGCGCUGCGGUAUCUCCACAAAGACAAGAGGAUCAUUCACAGAGACUUAACCCCGAAUAACAUCAUGCUGGGAGAGAAGGACAAAGUCACCAUCACGGACUUUGGCCUGGCAAAGCAGAAAGAAGAGAACAGCAAGCUGACAUCAGUGGUGGGCACGAUUCUCUACUCCUGUCCAGAGAUAGUGAAAAGCGAGCCCUAUGGGGAGAAGGCAGAUGUGUGGGCUUUGGGCUGCAUCUUGUAUCACAUGGCGAUGCUGCGACCCCCCUUCUAUAGCACUAACAUGCUGUCCCUCGCCACCAAGAUUGUGGAAGCCAUUUAUGAACCGCUGACCGAAGAGGCCUUCUCUGGAAGAGUGGCGGACAUCGUUAAAUGGUGCUUGACGCCAGAUGCCGAUCUGCGCCCCGACAUCGUGGAGGUCAGCUCCAGGAUCUCUGACCUCAUGAUGAGGUUCAUGGAUAGCCUGUGCACCUCCCAGCACACGCUGGAGAGGAAGCUGGAACGGGACAGGAAGCGAGCGCAGAAGUACUUCCUCGAAGCCAACUGUGGAGGCAUCAACUGUCGUCGCCCAUCGCUCUCUCAGGAGGAGUCCAAGAGAGGCACCAGCGUGCGCACCGAUGGAUCCAUGGAACUGAAGAGGGACUCGAGUGACACACAUCAUCUCUCUGGGCAGGACGUACAGGAAUCCAGCCAUCAGAAAUGCACACAUGGCUCUGGGAAAGGUACUGGAUGCGGCGCGGAUGUCGACACCUCCCGUCUUGACUCUACUGGUUCGUGCAAAGACUUGUCGAUGAGGACCGUAAAACACAGUGUUUCUGCUACUUUAACAGAAGAGCAAAACUAUCCCUGCGAAGAUGUCGCUGUUCCAAAAAUAAAACCUCGACCAGCAUCAGCAGGAAUAUGCGUGUCUCAGAGGAAAGUCCGUGAAAUCGACGACCCCGUUCAGAGACUGCUGCAGCUGUUGCAUAAAAUCAUCUAUAUCAGCCAGCUCCCACCUACUCUUGACCAGAACCUCAGGCGCAGGGCGAUUGAAAGGUUCAAGAAGUCCCUUUUCGACUACCGGAGCAGCCCUUACAAUCUCAAGGUGGAGCUCAAUAAGCUCCUGCAGACAUCGCCAGAAGUCAUUGAGCAGAUCAGCGUGGAUCGCUGGACUCCGCUGCAGUCUUUUGGAGGGAAACAGCUUUGUGCUACAGCUCAAGACUUUCUUUCAGGGGACAUGCAAUACUUGAAUCUUCAAGAGGGAAUAACUUACGAACAGAUGCUAGCCAUGAUUGAAGAGGAAUUGGAGGACAACGGAUACUACAAUACACUAUCCAACAAGGAAGCUUUCCUGAAACAGUAUGACCAUCAUCCAUAGUGAAGAGGCAGUGGAAAUCUUCCUACAAACAUGAGUGCCGUGCUUUGACCACUACCUGUGACCAGCCGUUGGCAAGAUCAUGCCUCCAGCACCCAGAGAAUAAAAAAGCUGACUAUGCAUUGGACACCAGAUGUAGCCUUCCAUAUUUCGACCUCUUUGUACAACCUCUCUGCCUAUGAUGCUUCUAUUUGACUCACUUUAGGGAAUGAAUUAUUUGAAUUCAUAUCCAGCGGAAUGCAUGCUGGAACAAUAGAUCGCAUUAGUGUAACACGAGUGAAAGCCACACUGUACUGGCAAAGAUGAAAAUGAAGGCGAGCACAGCUUUUUUGUAUAAGGGAUCUGAUCAUUUUUAUAUACAGAUGCUCCUCGACUUACGAUGGUUCUACUUACGAUUUUUCGAUUUUAUGAUGGUGAG